GACUAAAAAAAGUUUUGCUAACCUCAAACAACAACGUUGCGCAUCCCGCACGUGUUGCUUCUGCCGCAUUCAAAAAAUCAUAAUUUACAAACAGUGGACCUAAAUAGGUCAUUGAAUUACUUAUUAAAGUCCGCUCCGCCAGCGGCAGUGACUUGACAACAGACGCGCGAUCACAAACAGAAAUGACGGACGUUUUAGCACCCGGCAACGACGUGCUGUCUGAGAAGAAGAAGAAGAAAAACAAGGAUGGCGUGUCCCUGGGCGCCUUCCAGAAGAUCGGAGACUUCAAGAUCGAGCCCUCCGAGAGCGUGGGCAAGCUGGACACGGCGUACUGGCCGCUUCUGCUGAAGAACUUCGACCGACUCAAUGUGCGCACUAACCACUACACCCCGCUGCCCUUCGGACACUCGCCCCUCAAGCGGCCCAUCGCCGACUACGUCAAGUCCGGCUUCAUCAACGUGGACAAGCCGAGCAACCCGAGCUCCCACGAGGUCGUCUCCUGGAUCAAACGCAUCCUGAAGGCGGAGAAGACUGGCCAUUCUGGCACCCUCGACCCCAAGGUCACUGGGUGCCUCAUCGUGUGCAUAGACAAGGCCACCAGGCUCGUCAAGUCUCAGCAGAAUGCGGGGAAGGAGUAUGUGGCGGUGUUCAGCCUUCACUCUGCUGUUGAGAGCAUCAAGAAGGUCACUCAAGGGUUGGAGAAGCUUCGGGGAGCUCUGUUUCAGCGUCCUCCAUUGAUAUCAGCUGUGAAACGACAACUGCGUGUGCGGUCUGUGUAUGACAGUAAACUGCUUGAUUUUGAUGCGGAGAGAAACAUUGGAGUAUUCUGGGUGAGCUGCGAGGCUGGCUCAUACAUCCGUACCAUGUGUGUGCAUCUCGGUCUUUUCCUCGGUGUUGGUGGGCAGAUGAUUGAGCUGCGACGAGUCAGGUCCGGCAUCCAGGGAGAAGGGGAGGGCAUGGUCACCAUGCAUGACAUCUUGGAUGCUCAGUGGGCUUAUGAAAACCACAAAGAUGAGACCUACCUCAGAAGAGUCAUCAAGCCUCUAGAAGGACUAUUAAUCGCUCACAAAAGAAUAUUCAUCAAAGACAGUGCAGUUAACGCUGUCUGCUACGGUGCUAAAGUCCUGCUGCCUGGUAUUUUAAGGUACGAGGAUGGUAUUGAAGUUGACCAGGAGAUUGUAAUAGUAACAACCAAGGGAGAGGCUGUUGCUUUAGCUAUUGCAUUGAUGACCACAUCCACAAUGGCAUCCUGUGACCACGGAGUGGCAGCCAAGCUGAAGCGAGUCAUCAUGGAACGAGACACCUAUCCCAGGAAGUGGGGACUCGGACCAAAGGCUUCUAAGAAGAAGCAGCUCAUCCAGGAAGGAAAAUUAGACAAAUUUGGCAAGCCCAAUGAGAACACACCCUCCCAAUGGCUGAACAGCUACGUUGACUACAAAGUUAAGAAUGAAACUGAAAACGGUAAUGGUAACGCAGAUGAGGAAGGCGAGACAAGCAGGAAGAGAACAGCGAGCACUGCCAACACGGAUGAUCCCAACAACUCCGUAGAAGUUAAAUCCGAAAAGAAAAAAAAGAAGAAGAAGAAGGAUUUAGAUGAGACAGCAGAGGGUGACACCACGAUGGAAGCCGGGGAUGUGACGCAAGACGGAGACGACUCAGUACGCAAAGAAAAGAAGAAGAAGAAAAAGAAAGACAAAGAGCAGGAAAGAGAGGAAGAAUGAAUGAGUACAGUGAUAUUUUUAGAUGAUAUAAUGUUACACAACAUUCACAAGUUAAAUUUUAAACCAUAAAUAUUGUUGACUGUGGAUUUUAGAGUUUAACUUGUGGAUCAGCCUCUCAUACGAACUUAAACUAAAUUUAUGUUUUGCAUAAAUGUCUAUUUUGUUAAGCUGUUUUCUUAAAUGCAAAGGAUUGAUUCCUUAUGUUUUCUUAAUUACAUUUGACUAAUGGUUGCCUUAUCAGAUUGUUGUCUUGCUAUUUUUAAUUGUUGAAACAACUUUAAACUAAUAUUUGUAUAUUUACGGGUAUGAAGCAUUUUUAAGUACCUAUAAUUACCAUGUUUUCACAGUGCUAUAGAGUAUAUUCUCUACUGUGUAUUUGCCUUAUAAGUGAGUUUUAAUUAUUCAAACAGCUUAUACCAAUAGCUUAUGGCUUCUGGACAUACCUAAUAGUUUAUAAGAGGAAUACAGUCAAAUGUAGAUAGUUUUAAGUGAAAAAUGUUUUAUUAACUCGAUGGAGACCUUGGUCUUGAAUAAAGUUAAGAUAUGAAUUAGAA